AGGCGGAAGAUGGCGGCGGCCGCGGCGGCGCUGCGGGCCUGGUUCUGGAACGAGCGGUUCUGGCUGCCGCACAACGUGACGUGGGCGGACCUCGCCGGGGAACCGGGCCCACCGGGCGGUGGCGGGUUGCAGUACCCCCGGGCCGGCCACGUCCUCUCCGCUUUCCCGCUGGCGCUCGGCAUCUUCGCCGUGCGGCUUCUUUUCGAGAGGUUUAUUGCCAAGCCAUGUGCCAUAAACCUUGGCAUUCAGGACAGUGGACCUCACAGAGCCCAGCCCAAUGCAAUUUUAGAGAAAGUGUUUACAUCCAUCACUAAGUCUCCAGAUGGGAAGAGGUUGGAAGGCUUGGCAAAACAGCUGGACUGGGACGUUCGGAAGAUCCAGCGGUGGUUUCGGCAUCGGAGGAACCAGGACAAACCCACCACCCUCACUAAAUUUUGUGAGAGCAUGUGGAGAUUUACAUUUUAUUUAAGUAUAUUUUUUUAUGGAAUCAGGUUUCUCUGGACGGCACCCUGGUUUUGGGACACACGACAGUGCUGGUACAAUUACCCUUUUCAGCCUCUAACAUCCAGGCUUUAUUAUUACUAUAUCUUGGAGCUGGCCUUCUAUUGGUCUCUCAUGUUUUCUCAGUUUACAGACAUUAAACGGAAGGAUUUCCUGAUCAUGUUUGUCCAUCAUUUGGCUACAAUAGGACUCAUUACCUUCUCUUACAUGAACAACAUGGUGCGGGUUGGGACUCUGGUGCUCUGCCUCCACGAUGCAUCAGAUUUCCUUUUAGAGGCUGCAAAGCUAGCUAAUUAUGCCAAGUACCAACGACUCUGUGAUGCUUUCUUCAUGCUCUUUGGUGUCGUUUUCAUUGUUACACGGUUGGGCAUUUAUCCUUUCUGGAUUUUGAAUACAACCCUUUUUGAAAGCUGGGAGUUGAUCGGUCCUUACCCUUCCUGGUGGCUCUUCAAUGGGCUUUUGGUAACCUUGCAGGUCUUGCAUAUCAUCUGGUCUUAUCUCAUCAUUCGCACUGCCUACAAGGCCCUCGUGCGGGGAAAGGUGUCCAAGGACGACAGGAGCGACGUGGAGAGCAGCUCUGAGGAGGAGGAGGUGACACCCAGGACCCCCAAAGGAACCCCCAGAGGGACCCCCAGCAACGGGUCCAGCCGGGCUAAUGGCCACGUGGCCAGUGGCCAGCGGGCACAGGAGGACUGAGGCCAAGGAGCAACCAGGACUUGGGCUCCCAACCCCUCUGCUGAGCUCCCUGAGACCCCAAAACCCUGAGGGGGGCCGGAGCCAGGAGCAGCCCCGAGGCUGAAGGGACAAAACCCCAGAGUGGGGGCAACAACAAACCAGAGCUGCAGAGUUCAGCAGUUUUGUUUUGUUUUUUUUUUUUUUAAAAAAAAAAGCCA